AUGACAGCUUUGCGUCGUUUUCUAUGCGAUAAAAUCCAGACCCCCACGGUCGCGAUGCGUAAGAUAACGCCCAUGUUUAACGAGUACGUGUACGGAGCGAUCCGCCGGAUCGCGGAAGAGCACGGGUUCACGCCGGAUCUGUUCUCGGUGGACUUUGACGAAGAGACGCGCCUGGAGUGUGACGGGUUCGUAAGUUUCGUGUUCAAGGCCAUCAUCAACGGGGACGACCGGGAGCUGACGUUGUGGUGUAAGGUGCCGCCGAACGAUGACGAUCGCUCGCUGGAGCUGUUCAAACGGGAGUGCUUCUUCUACCGCGAGAUUCUGCCGGCCUUCCACGACUUCCAGUGUGGAAAGGGUGUGCGGGAGGGUUCGGCCGACGGGUUCUUCGCCACACCCCGCUGCUACCUGGCGCACUGCGAAACCGACGGAUCCGAGAAGCAGGCGUUAAUCGUGCUGGAGUACAACGAGGCGUACGAGAAGUGGGACUGGGACAAGCUGGAACCGAUCAAUCUGGAACAUACGAAGUUGGUCAUGGAACAGUUGGGUUUCCUUCACGCGUUAUCGUUCGCGAUGAAGGAGCAACGGCCGGCGGCGUUCGAGCAGUACAAGCGCGAAAGCGGCGUUCUGAUCGAAGGGAACAAGCUGUUCACGCUGAUGAAGGAGUCGUUCGAUCGGGCCAUCGUCACGAUGAAGACUCGGUUCGAGUCGGAACAGGAGCGCAUCCAAGCCGUGAAGGACGCGGUGUACGAGGGCCUGAAGAAUAGCUGCCACCCGGUGACGGCGGACUCGUUCUGUGUCGUCACGCACGGUGACUGCUGGAUCAAUAAUCUAAUCUACUCGCACGAUCAGAACAACGUCGCCACCAGCGUCAUUCUCACCGACUGGCAAUCGUCGCGUUACGCUUCGCCCGUGCUGGAUCUGUGCUAUUUCUUCUUCAUCUCGACCAGCGAGCAGUUCCGACGGGAGCACAUGGACGAAUGUCUCCGUUGCUACCAUAGCGCUUUGGCCGGGCUCCUCGAGAAGCUGGGCGGUGAUGCGUCGAAGCAGUUUCCUCUCACCACCUUGCUGCGGUUAAUGAAACCCUUCCGCGAGCUGCUCGGAAGUUAG